UUUACGCUUGCGGCUGGCAUGUUCAAGAAAUAAAUUAGUUAGUGACACCAUACCAAAUCGCGAACACCCUACUUUUGCCAAUCAAAAAUGUAUAUAUCACUAACUAGUUUGAUUGUCUAACUGACAUAUAGGGCCAAGUUUGAAGGGCUAUUUUGUUUUAGCUUAAAUUAUUUGAUUUAAUUAGUGCGAAUAAAGUAUUUCGUCUGAUUCAAACUUUGUCCCUCGUAAUACGAGGUACUCCAGGUAUGCUUUGAGCUUUUUGGGUGAAGGCAUGAAAUGAAAGCCUUACGAAGAUGCAAGAUUUUCAGUCCAUAUUUUUAUGCUCACAGGAGAAAUUUAUCCUCAGUCGCGGACGUUACACUUCAGAAAGCAGCUGAGGAAGAAGAAUUCGACAACGUUUGGAAAUGCAAAGAUACAAAUAUUCUACCGUUUUUGCACCGUGCAGUACAAGAAUGCGCCAAGGACAGGGCUGCAAUGAAUGGAAAAUCUGUGCAUUCCCAGAUCAUAAAGUUUGGAUAUGAAGCAGAUACAUUGACAACAAACAUGCUCAUAAAUAUGUAUUCAAAAUGCGGCUCUGUUGAUUUUGCUCGUAAAGUGUUCGACGAAAUGCCUCAUAGAACUCUUGUUUCUUGGAACACCCUGAUGGGUUCGUAUAUCCAGAAAAAAGAUGGAGAAGAAGUUCUCCAUCUUUUCGUUCAAAUGCAAAGGGAAGGGACGCAGUUUAGUGGGUUCACAGUUUCAGGUGUUCUUUGUGCUUGUGCUGCCAAAUUUGCUGUUUUGGAAAGCAAACAAUUGCAUGCUUUUGCACUGAAGGUAUCACUGGAAUCAAAUGUUUAUGUUUCUACUGCUUUGCUUGAUGUUUAUGCUAAAUGCGGGUUGAUGAACGAUGCUUUUCGGGUUUUUGAUUCCAUGCCUGAGAGGAAUGAUGUUACUUGGAGUUCAAUGGUUGCUGGGUAUGUCCAAAAUGAGCUAUAUGAGGAGGCUAUAAUGUUUUUUCACAGGCUACAAAAGUCGGGGGUCGAGCAUAACCAAUUUACGCUUUCUUCUAUUAUAUCUGCUUGUGCUGCAUUGGCUGCUUUGUUAGAAGGGAACCAGGUGCAUGCUAUAGUCCGGAAAACUGGUUUUGGUGCCAAUGUUUACGUGGCUUCCUCUCUUGUAGACUUAUAUGCAAGAUGUGGAUGUAUUGACGAAGCCUAUAUUGUGUUCUCAAAUGCUGAGGUGAAGAAUGCUGUAAUAUGGAAUUCAAUGAUUUCUGGCUUUGCUAGAAAUGCGCGGCCUUUAGAGGCUAUGACAUUGUUUGAGAAAAUGCAGUUAGCAGGAUUUUACCCGACUGAAGUGACUUAUGUGUCGGUUCUAUCUGCUUGUGGCCACAUGGGUUUGGUUGACAAGGGGCGGAUAUAUUUUGACAAGAUGAAGAAAGAGCAUAACUUAUCUCCCAAUGUAUAUCAUUAUUCAUGUAUGGUUGACAUUCUUGGUAGAAAAGGCCUGGUUGAAGAAGCUAAGGAUUUAAUAGAAAAUAUGCCCUUUGCUGCAACUCCUUCGAUGUGGGGUUCUGUCUUGGCUUCUUGCAGGGUCCAUGGAAAUGUUGAGGUGGCUGAAAUUGCUGCUAAACAUCUGUUUGAGCUCGAGCCCAAUAAUGCUGGGAACCAUGUCUUGCUUUCAAACAUAUAUGCUUCCAAGAGAAGGUGGGGCGAUGUUGCAUCAACAAGAAAGCUUCUUAAAGACAGUGAAGCAAAGAAAGAAAGAGGCAAGAGUUGGAUACAGAUAAAAGACAAGGUUCACACAUUCAUGGUCGGGGAGAGAAAUCAUCCAAGCAUUGCAGAGGUUUAUUCAAGAUUGGAUGAGUUGUUGGUAGAUAUGGAGAAGUUAGGUUACAAAGGUAAAGCUGAACAUGACCUGCACGAUGUGGAUGAGAGCAGAAAACAUGAGCUUCUGAGGCAUCAUAGUGAGAAACUUGCUUUUACAUUUGGGUUGAUGUGUUUGCCCUCAAAUGCUCCUAUAAGAAUUAUGAAGAACCUCAGGAUCUGUGGGGACUGUCAUUCUUUUAUGAAGUUUGCUUCAAAAAUAACAGGGAGGGAAAUAGUUGUCAGAGACGUUAAUCGUUUUCAUCAUUUUACUAAUGGAUCAUGUUCAUGUGGAGAAUUUUGGUAAAGGAUGUAACUGGUUAGGAUCUAAGAUGCCUUCUCUAAAGCAAGUGUUUGGUUCACAAUGGUGGAAAAAGUAGUUAAAAAUCUUGGUUCUUUUAGACCUCAACAUGUAUAAGAAAUAUAUUAGGGAGAAGCGUAUAGGAGUAUCUGCUAUCUCAACAUAACGACUUUACAACAAGAAGCUGGUUAAAAUCCUUUUCUCGUCUGAGCACUUGAUGUGUUCACAAGCUAUGUAAGCUAGCUGGACUCUGGGCAAUGCCUCCCCCAAGAUGAUGAUAAGCAAAGGGCCAUCAGCUACAUCUUAUAACACCACCGGGUCAGAUUCUUAUGGCAGCCAUGGUUUAGAAGGCACUUGCAUACCGUCAGUCCUCUUGCCAACAAUGAUGUGUGAGUCACUGUCACCAAACGGAAGUUAUCCAGGUAGAUGAUCAUGAGCACCUAAUCAUCUAGAAUCUUAUGGUCCUUGUGAAAGGAACAUUGCACACUCUCGUGGCUGCAACUGCUGUUUUCUGAUUAUGUUCAGGUGAAAACUUUAUAGAUUGAGAACAUGAAUCAUAGCAAUUCUACCUCUCAAUCUAGUGGUCUCCUCACCUGCAGGAGGGAUCAUAGUUAGUAUUGAUGCUUUCAAUCGAACAAGAACUAAUAGCUUGACAGGACUGAGUAUGGUGGUGGCAUGGUUGAUGAACAUGAAGAAAUGUACUCCAAUUGGCUUCAACAAUUCCAAGAAUGACUUUGUAUCUCUGGCAGAAAGAAUAGCUGGCGAAGCUGUACAGCUCAUUUACCUCCUUACUUUUGGACAUUUCAUUUGCAUGGGGGUUACAUUUAUCAUCAAAUCAUUAGCAAGGGGCAAGUGCGAGGAGAGGAUAUGACAGGAUCGUACUUCUUCUAGCUGAUAUAUUAGCAUUAAGAAGCUGUACCACUACAUAGCUCCUCAGUGUGAGGAGACUAUAUUAAGAUAAGCCCCUUUUCUGAUGAGUAAUGUGGAGUGGAGGGACUUCCUUGCAGGACCAAGUUCAAGGCAUGAACAUAACCCAAGAAAAAGAUAAUUGUUCAGUAACUUUUAGCAUAACUUAUGGGAAGAUUUUAUUCUACAUGCUGUUCAUGCACUAACUUUUUGUUAACUUAACUUUAGGGGUAAAAUCAAACAAUCACAAAUUUUACUUUUGUAUGUUAUCGUUUAAAGGGGAGCCUUGGCGUAACUGGUAAAGUUGUUGUCAUGUGACCAGAAGGUCAUGGAAUCGAGCCGUAGAAACAGUCUCUUGGAGUAAUGCGGGUAAGGUUGUGACAAUAGACCCUUAUGGUUCGGCCCUUCCCGAACCCCGUGUAUACCGGGAGCUUAGUGCACCGGGCUGCCCCUUUUAUGUUAUCGUUUAACAUUUUGUGUUUUUCUU